AUGAAGGUUUUUGAAGAAAUACAGGCGGUGGUAGACAAAAAAGAUAAGAAAGAAAUUAAAAAAAUAUUACUUAUUGGCAGAACUGGAGGCGGUAAAUCUACUAUAGCAAAUGUAUUGGUUAAAAAGGACGACAAAUUUGUAGUAAGCAGUUCAAGUGGUAGCUCAACAAAAUCAACGCAAGUAGAAAAGUUUGAAGAAGAUGAGAUAAAAUAUCAAGUAAUUGAUACAGUUGGACUUUGUGAUACAGCGAUGACAAAAGAAAAAGCAAUGAGCGAACUAGCUGAGACCUGUAGACUGAUAAAAGGUGGUCUAUACCGAAUUUUAUUAGUAACGGGAGAUAGAUUUACAGAAGAAGAAAACAAGAUGUAUUAUACGAUGAAGGAAACGAUUUUUGAUCACAAGUUUAGUCAUUUCACGACCAUUAUUCGUACCAAAUUUCCAGGUUUUUUAGAUCAAGAAGAAUGUAAAAAAGAGGAAGAGAACUUGGAAAAGACAAAUCCAGAUUUUUUCAAGAUAAUUAAAGAAUGUAAAGAUAUCAUUUUUGUAGAUAAUCCGCCUUUGAUUGGAUUGCCUAAAUCCAUUGAAGCAAACAGAGAUGUGCGAGAGUGCUCAAGAAAAAAAAUAAUUGAAAGUUUUAUUCCUAGUGAUGAAAAGUAUUAUCCUCCUAACUUAAGACAAUUAAGUGAAAAGUUUGUUGCGCACUUUGAGGAAAAGGAGAAGCUAGAAAAAGAAUUAAAAGAAACAAAGGAAUUGUCUAAUCAGGAUAGGAAAAAAAUGAAGGAAAGAAUAAAAGAGCUUGAGAAAGAGAUAGAAGUGGAAAAAGCCAGAGGCAUUCGAAUUAUUUGUACAGUCAUGUAA